CUCAACACAACCACAACUCUCCACACCACCACGACUUCUCCAACUACAACUUCUCCAUCUCCACCUACAACCACAACUUCUCCGACAACAACCACAACUUCUCCAACUACAACCUCUGCAACAACAACCACAACUUCUCCAACUACUACCAAUACAACUUCUCCAACUACAACCUCUGCACAACAACCACCAACUUCUCCAACUCCACCAACGUCUUCUCCAACUACAACUUUUCUCCAACAACCCACAACUUCUCCAACUACAACCUCUGCAACAACAACUACAACUUCUCCAACUACAACCACAACAUCUCCAACAACUACGACUUCUCCAACUACAACCAUAACUUCUCCAACAACAACUACGACUUCUCCAACUACAACCACAACUUCUCCAACUACAACCUCUGCAACAACAACCACAACUUCUCCAACUACCACCACGUCUUCUCCAACUACAACUUCUCCAACAACAACUACGACUUCUCCAACUACAACCACAACUUCUCCAACAACAACUACAACUUCUCCAACUACAACCACGACUUCUUCAACUACAACUACGAUUUUUCCAACUAUAACCACAACUUCUCCAAUAACAACUACAACCUCUUCAACAACAACCACAACUUCUCCAACAACAACCACAACUUCUCCAACUACAACCUCUGCAACAACAACUACAACUUCUGCAAAAACAACCACAACUUCUCCAGCUACAACCUCUUCAAGAAAAACUACAACUUCUCCAACUACCACCACAACAUUUCCAACAACUACGACUUCUCCAACUACAACC